CUCUAGCUGUCCAAGUGUUUCCAUAUCGUUGCCGUUUUAACCCGUCGUUCCGUACCUGGCCAUGUAAUCAUGGAUACUGGAUGAAGUUUGCAGUGCAAGUGGCCAAAUUGACAAUGAGCUACUAUAUAUGUCAUUUUCCGCCAAUGGAGUAACUACAAAAUCUGCCAUGGCGUCUGCAAGUGACUAUGAACAGCUAAGGGCCACCUUACAAAGGGGCUUAGACAAUUUGGUAUUGUCCAACAACCACAAACAGUUACCACUAAGGAAACAAACACACAGACCUAUGUUGAAGUACAAUACAAGUGUUUCCAGUAGUAGUCCUCAACCAUUGAUGGUGAACGGUAACGAUGAUGUCAGUACCGAUAUCUCUCCUAAAGCCACACGUGUGCACUCAAGACCGGCGAGUGCUAAAGAUAUUAGAAGUCCCAAGCCUCCUCUAAUUAUACGAUCUUCCAACUCAACUGGCAAUAUCAGUAAUAUAAAUAGCAGUAAUCCUGUACAUAGUAAAUCUUUUAUGAAGCCAAAGACCCCAGCGCAUGUUCUUUCAAGAACCAGUGCUGACAGAGAAAGGACUAGAUACACAACAAAUAAUAAACCUCUAAGUGCCAAGAAAACAAGUAAACAGGUCACCAUGCAAUUGCCAAAUAAGACCCCAAACUUGAAGAAUUCUAAACCCACCUAUAAAGGCCAUGAGAACGGUGUUAGACAGAAUGCUGAUGGCGCAUGUAAGAAAGGACGAGUUAGAGACAAGUCUUAUGACAAUGAAGAAUGGAGUGACGUAGACGAACAUGAAGAGUUUGAUGAAGACUUAACCAGUGAGCGUUCUCCCGGUGAUGGCUCAUCGUUUAUCUAUGAAGAUGAUGGUGAUGAAGACGAUGGGAUAGAUGGAUUAGAUGAUGAUUUACCAGAUGGGGACGAUUCUGAUGGGUACUCUACAGCGAGCACCUUGUCACGGAAUUCCUCGGCCCUGCUCUAUUCCGGUCGUCAUUCAGCAAAAAAAUUUACAGCCGAAAAACUAGACUCUAUAGCCAACGAAAUUGACAGAACAUCUAUUGGAUCGCGAGCGUCAAUGAGAUUAUAUCAACCAGUUGUUGUAGAUGGAGAUGAGAUACAACCAGCUCUCACACCAAGUCUUUUUAGUAAUACACCUCCAACUAUUAAUUUUAUAACUCAAUAUGAAAAGGUUGCGCAGUUACCAUGGGAGCUACGUAAAUUAUUGAAAUGGCGAAUGAGUCCAAUAACGCCGCAUGUUGUGAAGAACUGCAUUGCAAGGUCAGGAUUCAGAGCAACAAAAAAGUCACAUGACUGGUUGGGGUACUGGGGCAAACACAUGAAAGCCAUCGGGUUCAAAGCAGUACGGGAGUAUCAAAAGGUCAACCAUUUUCCAGGUUCCUUUCAAAUAGGCAGGAAAGAUCGUCUGUGGCGAAACUUGUCCAGAAUGCAGGUUCAUUUUGGUAAGAAGGAAUUUGGUUUCUUUCCACAAACGUUUGUGCUGCCGUAUGAUAUAAAAUUGUUGAAAAGGGCCUGGGAAGAUGGUGGUACGAAGCAGAAGUGGAUUCUAAAACCGCCAGCAUCAGCACGUGGUAUUGGUAUUAAAGUCAUACAUAAAUGGAGUCAAAUACCAAGACGUAGACCAGUGUUAGUGCAGAGAUACCUCUCAAAACCAUUUCUUAUUAAUGGUAGUAAGUUUGAUUUACGUAUCUAUGUAUACGUAACCAACUAUGAUCCCCUACGUGUCUAUGUCUUUGAAGAUGGUUUGGUGAGAUUUGCAACAAUGAAGUACUCCUCUUCUAUGAAAAGCUUAAGUAAUAAAUUCAUGCAUCUCACCAAUUAUAGUAUAAAUAAGAAGAACUCAGAAUUUACUCCAAACGAUGAUGAAACUGUUUGUCAAGGACAUAAAUGGUCAUUGAAAGCUUUAUGGGGAUAUAUGCGCAAGAAUGAUAUUGAUUCGAAUAAAGUAUGGGAUAGCAUUAAAGAUAUUGUCAUCAAAACUAUCAUAAGUUCUGAGGCAGCAGUUAACAGCUUGGUGAAAUCUAAUGUUCGAAGGCGUUACUGUUGUCAUGAAUUAUUCGGCUUUGAUGUCAUGUUAGACGACAACCUAAAACCAUGGAUUAUUGAAGUCAAUAUCUCUCCUAGCUUACACUCCAAUUCUUCAUUAGAUGUUAAUAUCAAAGGUCAAAUGAUCAAAGAUUUACUCAACUUAGCUGGUUUCCAACUGCCUGAUAAGAGAGACAUCUAUCCACAUGUGCCACCUACAAGUUCUGCGAUAAGCACGGAAUAUAGGUGUGUAUUUACAGACAAGAAACUGUGGAAUGUUCCAGUCAGUAAAGAUGAGCGUGCCAAACAUGCUUUCUAUAUUCAGAAACACCUUGAUGAUCAAUGUCGUAUGACUAUACUAGACACUCUAACUCCCGAUGAUAUUCGUAUACUGAGUGAAACUGAAGAUGAAUACAGUCGCCGUGGUUACUUUCAACGUGUAUUCCCAUCACCCACCUCUCAUAAUUAUUUACGAUAUUUUGAGCAGCCGAGAUAUUAUAAUAUUUUGAUGGAUGAAUGGGUUCGAAAAUAUCACAAGCAACCAGCUCGAGGCAUCGGUUUAUUGGAGGAGUACUGUAGGGAAGGUGUACAUGUCGGUAGUAGUGAUUCAAGCCACGUGUGGAUGCCAAUCUCCAGCUAUCUGAUUGUUAGAGAUACCAGGUCUACGAGUGCCACCCAUAGAAAAGAUGCACCUCCUGAACUUAAAACCAGUUCAUCUACAUCCUCGCUACCACGGCUACGUAGACGAGUUGCAAAGUCACGAUCAGUACAACAGUAUCAUGGGCCAGGACACACCUCUGUGUCAAACGGCCAUUCAGCACAGUCAUCCUCCGGUAGAACAAUCAGUACUCCUAGUGUGAUUUCUCUGACGAGUAGACCACCACCUUAUCCAGUUACUACCAAACCCAGGGUAGUACGUCAAGAGGAAACCUCCACAAGUUGA